AUGUCCAUUCAGGACAUCUCGGGCGACGAGCGGUACACAUCCGUGUGCCUACACACCACCAAUCUCGUCCUCACAUCAGACAGCAGCGACCUGCCUUUUGCUGCCGCGACUUCGCGACUUGGAUGCGAAGUCGCAGUGAAGGCUAGGACGAAGGCCGUAGAAAAAACGCUGCGCUUCUUUGAUGUGCAGGACGCCGUGGAAGUCGCCGGCUUCCACAUACCCAUUGUCUCGUCCAUUGAGGCCUUUGAUGAUGUCUGCUUGUACUUGUAUGACGCCGCGCUAGUGCGCGACGAACAGGUACUUGUCGUCUGGUGCGACGAGACAACUGCCAUCGUCGAGCAGUAUCGACGUAUGGAACACCGUCUCCGCCAUUUCGUCAGCGACUGCACUUGCGGCGGCGGUCAAUACCCACUCGACCUGGAUGCAAGUGUCAAGGAACAAGGCGAUGCCCGGUAUGCCGGGUAUGACGGAAACUUUGACGAGACCGUACGGAAGCGCUUGCUGGAUCCGUCGGAACCGGUCCCAAAAGGACCUCCUGCAGUCAACUCUGCAUCCCCGCUCGGGGAAAUGAAGGUGCCAACACAGGUCAAAGCGUCUUCGAGUGGCAGUGCAGGCGUGUUGUCCGCGAUACAGGACACGGGAGCUCGCGUAUAUGGCGCGGUGAACGCUUGCCCGCGCACAAUGGGCAAGGCCGGAACUAGCACUAAAUACGAUAAUGUCUCCAAGGACAUGGUCGUAUGCGACCCGAGCACCGGCAAUGGCAACCAGCACGUCGACAGCCUCGUCGGGAGAGAGAAAGAAAGGAUGAGCGCAGCACCCGCAGGCGAGGCAUACGCGACUCGUCCUUAUGGCCGGACGUCCCAGCCCCAAUCAAGAGGCGGAAAAUACGCACCGCCUACGAAUUCGACGCGCGUAGGUGAGGGCGUGGGCCAUGAGCAGUCCUCGCACCAGACGUCGCGGGACACAACAGGGUCCCAAGAGCCUUUGCCACGGAUCACCGCCGCGCAGAAAGAGAAAUGGCGCGCAACCGACCGCAGCAUCGAGGAUGAAGAUGCUGGAUCUUCGAUUGCAGCUCCAGGGGUGAUGCGUCGUUCGCAGCCAAGUCGCAAUGCCAAGCGGAAGAGUCCUAGCACCGACAACAAUGACCGUAUUGACGGCUCCUCCGGCUCGCGCAACAAGAAGCAAAAGAAGACGCACGCGGCACCUCCUCCGAGGCAGAAGCAAUUCGUCUGUCCUCGCGAGAAAUGCGAACACGAGGCGUUCGGUGGCCGUGGCGACUUCCACCGUCACCUGGUGAGCUGUUUUGAGAUCAAGCAGUUCUUCUGUCUUGGUUGCGGCAAGCUUUUUGCGCGGAAGGAUGCGACAAUCCGUCAUGUCAGGAAUACAAGUUGCGACAGGUCGCAGGAUCCUACUGGCAACAACGGCGGCUCCAGUACGCAGAUUGGAAUUCGCGACUGGGAGAGCAUGGAGAGCGUGCAAGUGAGCGACGCUACCAUACACUUGCGAGCCACGCAGCUAGGCGUGAGCAUGGAAGACCUGGCCUACGUGCUUAGCUUCCUGACUGAACUCGAAACGGCUCUUCUAAUCAGCGACAAUGAGGACAACGACGAGGGAGCGGAUUGA